AUGCGUCUCACCCGGCCUCGACUCCAGGUGUCGCAGGCUCAAUCGGCAUUUGCAACAGGAAAUGCAAGAUGGACGAAUAGGGAUCUCGAUCCAAUUCCAUUACUAGCACGCAAAUGGGGCGUAGCCAGCUUGAUUGCUUACUGGAUAUCCGACGCAUUCAACGCCGCGACAUGGGAAUUCGCCAGCAGUAUAAUAGCAGUAGGACUCACAUAUAAAGAAGCGAUCGCCAUCGUCGCGAUAUCAUUUUUCAUCAUCUCCUUCGUGAUCGCAGGGAAUGGAACCGUCGGCGCAAUCUACCACGUCCCAUUCCCUGUGAUCGCGCGCGCCAGCUGGGGAUUCUGGGGCUCAUACAUCCCCAUAGUCUCACGAGUGAUUCUUGCAGUCUUCUGGUUCGCAAUUCAGAACAUUAAUGGUGGCAAUGCUGUCCGGGUCAUGCUAGGUGCUAUUUGGCCUAGUUAUUUAACUCUUCACAAUGGGAUCCCUGAGAACCAAGGAAUCACGAGUAAUGGAAUGGUCGCAUAUUUGAUCUUUUGGAUAUUCCAAUUUCCAUUCCUAUGCAUGCAUCCAAAUAAACUGCGGUGGCUUUUUACUGUUAAGUCUAUACUUGUGCCGAUUGCCUGGAUCGCGAUCUUGAUUUGGGCAUUUACAGCGGAGAAAGGGGGAGGGAGUAUCUUCGAUCAACAAUCUGCUUCUGUCUCAGGAUCGAAGUAUAGUUGGUUGUUCCUAGCAAACAUGACCUCUGUUCUGGGGAACUAUGCCACUCUCAGUGUGAACCAAUCUGAUUUCUCCCGAUACUCCCGCAUAAACCCCCGCUGGCAACUUCUAUACAUCCCCAUGCUCCCAAUAAUCUUCACCUUCAUCGCCUUCAUCGGCAUCGCCGCCUCCUCCGCCGGCCAAUCCCACUACAACCUCACCUCAAUCCCUUGGGACCCCACAGUCCUAAUAAGCUACUGGCCCAACCGAGCCUGUCGAUUCUUCGGCGCCGCAUCCUUUGCCCUAGCCUCCCUAGGCGUAAACAUCUCCGCCAACUCCCUCUCAGCCGCAAACGACUUCACAGCUCUAGCCCCAAAAUACAUCAACAUCCGCCGUGGACAAAUUCUCUGCGCACUCCUAUCCUGGGCCCUAGUGCCCUGGAAAAUCCUCGCAUCCGCAGAAAACUUCCUCAACUUCAUGUCUGCAUACGCAAUAUUCCUAGGUCCCAUCGGCGCAAUCAUGCUAUUCGAUUACUGGAUCAUUAACCGUCGUCGCUAUGACUCUUUAGCACUUUAUCAGCCAUGGAACCCGACAUAUCGUUACGAAUUCAUCGUUCCCGGAUUCCCAGAGCACAUAUUAUCUGGAUUUAACUGGCGAGCAAUAGUGGCGUUUUUGAUUGGCGUUGCGCCUAACUUGCCUGGACUGAUUAAUGCGGUUAAUCCAUCGAUUGCUGUGGGCAAGGGUGUGCAUCCGUAUCAGUUUGGGUGGUUGUUGGGAUUUUUCGCCACAGCAGGUGUUUAUGUAGGGUUGUCCUUGUGGUUUCCGGCGCGGGCGGCUCAGAUUGAAAGAGCAGUUUUACCAGAUGAGGUUUAUGAAGAGAGUGGUGCGGUUGGUGUUGUAGAGGGUAUGGAAACACCUAGUAGUGCUGAUCAAGAGGACUCGCAUAAUAAACUGGCUACUGAGCGGAUUGCGUCGGACAAGGCUGUUUAG